UUCAACGCUCCGGACAUUUUUUUUCUCCUCGACCUUUCCACCUCUGUUGUGGAGCGCACAUUGCAGUAUCGUUGCGCCCCGCACAGCAUUAUGGGGCUUUUCGGGCGGAAGGCAAACCCCAGCGGGGCUCCCUCGAGUUCGGGAAAACAAUCCAGUCGCUGGAAGACCUGGAGCCGGAAAUCGGGCGGUUCAAACAAGAAUUCACCAGCCCAGAAUGAUUGCGAAGUGAGCAAUGUGUCCAUUGUUACCGGAUCGAUCAGUCCACCCCGAGAUGUCGACGAAGCGGAAGUAACGAACGCUUCAAACACAGCAACUUCCGCCGAGUUAUUACCUUCCAAGUCAUGCCCGACAAACAACAAACCAAUCCCCAACGAUGGCGGUGCAACGGCGGACUCAACGUCUUCAUGGGAUCUCGCGUAUGAAGCCCUUCGAGAAGAGAAACCAGAAAUAGUGCAGGCCUACGAGGAACUGCUGUCAAAAACCUCGUCUUAUUUAGAGAAGACAUCUUCAACAGCCGACCUGAACGACAUCCUAUCCAAGGCGUCCAACGACCGGGCGAAGCCAUUCCACGCGUCCGAUACUGAAAUAGUGAAACAAAAAGUACAGAGUGAUACAAGUUCACGGAGAACAAUGGAAAACAUCAUCGUUAUGGGCCAGAAACACAUGGAAGGGAGGCAAAUUGCCUUCAAGGUCGGGACGCAGAAGCUCGUGCUUCAAGAUCAGAUGCAACACCUUGUUACAGGUAUCCAAUUUGGAAAAGACUGGAUCGACAAAGCGGUGCAGGCCAGCCCAAUGGCAAGUACUGCCUGGGCGGGCGUUUGCUUGCUUUUGCCUCUCCUGAUCAAUCCGGCCGUAGUCGACCAAGCAAACAAAGAGGGCUUUGCGUAUGUUACUCAAAAGAUUCAAUAUUAUACAGACAUGGAGUCUUUCUUUUUGCACGGGAAUGAGCAGAUUUUCCCAGCAAAGGCGAAACACCAUCUACGAAAACUUUUUAUCGAGCUUUACAAGGCAAUUAUCGACUUCCAAGCCCAGAGCGUAUUGCGGUUUUUCAGGAGCCGAUUCAGCACUUUCGUUAGAGAUAUUGCGAAAUGGGACUCUUGGGAGGAAAUGCUCCAAAAAGUCAAAGGGUUAGUGCGCGCUGUCGACGAUAGUUCCCAGCAAAUCAAUGCCACCGCGACCAAAGCAGCACUGGGCGAGCUCGUCCAAAUGACGAGGGAGGCAGAAGAAGACAAGUGUCUGCAAGCUUUGAGACGAGGAGACUAUGUUUGGUACAAAGAGCGCGUCCAAAGCCGCGUAUCAGAUACGUGUUCUUGGUUCCUCAACCAUGAGAGCUAUCAAUCAUGGUUAGCGGCUGAAUCCGGUCCACUGCUGGUCUCGGCCGAUCCAGGGUGCGGAAAAUCCGUUCUCGCGAAAUACCUUAUCGACUCCAAAUUCAAUUUCAGGUUAUCCAAGGAUGCUGCAAUUUGUUACUUCUUUUUUAGGGACCCUGACCAGAACACGAUUGAGCUGGCUCUGUGUGCCUUAGUCCACCAAUUGCUUUGCCUGCGCCCUCAGCUAAUGCGGCAUGCCCUGGCAAGAUACAAGCAGGACGGAGCAAAGCUUGCCGACAAUACCACUGCUCUCUGGAAUGUUUUGGAGAGUGCUAGCGCAGAUCCAGAGGCCGGGACUGUUCUGAUUGUUCUUGACGCUCUGGACGAGUGUCGUCAAGAUGAGCGCAAUAUGGCAACCUUGUCACGAUUUAUCCACGAACAUUUCCAUAAAGCCAGACCAAAAAGCUUGAAAAUCCUUUUGACCAGUCGGCCCUACCAAGGAACGAUCCAGCACAUCCAAAAACUCGAAAACUCGUUUCCCAACAUUCGAAUCAAGGGCGAGGAUGAUUCGGAAACGAUUAGCGAGGAGAUCAAUGCAGUUAUCGAACAUCGCGUUAACCAAAUACACAAUUUGGAUACAACCCUCAAAAAACACCUAGAAGAACGCCUCAAAGGUAUAAAACAUCGUACAUAUCUCUGGUUGUAUCUUGUUUUGCACCACUUAGAAGAAACCACUUUUAAGAGGACCUUGCGAGGGAUUGACUCUGCCAUUCAAACUUUACCCGCUACGGUGAAUGAGGCGUACGAGAAGAUUUUGAGCCGAUCCAGCGAUCCAGCAAAAGCCAGGAAAACUGUUCUCAUCCUCCUCGCUGCAUACCGCCCGCUUACCCUUCACGAGAUGCAAAUUGCGGUCGGCUUGAGGAUGGAUACACUAUGUCUGGGAGAUCUUGAUAUGGAAUCUGACGAAAGCUUCGGAGAACGUCUUCGACAGUUGUGUGGGCUAUUUAUUACCGUGCACGACAAAAGGGUCUACUUCCUCCAUCAGACGGCGAGGGAAUUUCUCCUCCCUAUCGCAGUGUGCAUGCCGGGCCCUACUAUUACCAGAACAUGGGCGCAUACUUUGGAUAUCUGCCAAGCACACGCAGUUCUUGCAGAGUCCUCGUCGUAUUUUGGGCAUGAAGGGGUGGUUCGGAUGCUGCUGGAUACACGCAAGGUCGACGUAGAUGCGAAGGAUGGAAAUGGCCGAAUGUCCCUAUCAUGGGCCGCGGAAGAAGGGCAUAAAACCGUGGUUCGGAUGCUGCUCGAUACAGGCAAGGCCGACGUCGAUGCCAAAAGUAAAAUUGGUCGAACGCCGCUGUCAUGGGCCGCGGCAAAAGGGCACGAAGCCGUGGUCCAAAUGCUGCUCGAUACAGGCAAGGUCGAAGUCGAUGCGAAAGAUGAAGAGGGCCGAACGCCGCUAUCAUGGGCCGCGGAAGGAGGGCACGAGACCGUGGUUCGAAUGCUGCUCGAUACACGCAAGGUUGAUGUCGAUGCCAAAAGUAAAAUUGGUCGAACGCCGCUGUUAUGGGCUGCGGAAGGAGGGCACGAAGCCGUGGUUCAAAUGCUGCUCGAUACACGUAAGGUCGAAGUUGAUGCCAAAAGUAAGAACAGCCGAACGCCGCUGUCAUGGGCCGCUGCAAAAGGGCACGAAAUCGUGGUUCGAAUGCUGCUGGAUACACACAAGGUCGACGUCGAUGCGAAGGAUGGAAAUGGCCGAACGCCGCUGUUGCGGGCCGCGGAAGAAGGGCACGAAACCGUGGUUCGAAUGCUGCUCGAUACAGGCAAGGUCGACGUCGAUGCAAAGGAUGACGAGGGCGGAACACCGCUGUUGUGGGCUGCGGCAAGAGGGCACGAAGCCGUGGUUCGGAUGCUGCAUGAUAUUAUUGAUCACAGGCGCUUUAGUGCGCUCGAGGGACAGGAAAUUUAUACAAGUCUUUGUAAAAAAGAAAAGAACCACAAAACCCCCAAAACGUUCAGAUACCUGUGGAUGCUCGUUACGCGGAGGCUGGCUUCGGAAAAGGUUACGGGAUUCAUCCUCCUGCAGCUGAUAUUCUUUGAGGUUAGCGCACUGGACUUUUCCUUCGCUUUCCUCGUUGUAGCUGGUAUCAAAGGCCACCUGUACGAAAACAGCUCUGCUUCCUCGCCGCCUCUCUUUUCCCGAGGGAGGUUAAAUGUGACCAACAGUAGUCCCUAUCGCCUAUAUCGUGGAUAUAGCGAUGUUGGUUGA